ACACAACAUUGCAGAGGCAUGGACGGGAAAAAAUAAUCAGAAAGCAUGACAUAGAUAGAAAAGUUGCAUGUUUGCCUUAUGAUGGGAAAUAUGUGCUGUUUCCUUUGCUGCAUGGAAUUGAAAGGCAAUAUUAGGAUAAGAUGGACAAGAAGUGGGUAAGAGCUGUGUGGAGAGAGGAUGAAAAAGAGAUGGAGCUUGCCAUACCCAGUGUAUGGGUUGAAGGAAAUCGCAUAAGAUGGCCAAAUACAUCAAAUGCAAAAUCUGCACUCAAAGAAUGCAAGAAACCUGCUGACAAAUGGCUUUCAUUUGAUCUGAUAAAGAUCAAGUUUUCAUCAGACGACUAUCGAGAAUGUGAGGACUAUGAUGAGACGACAGCGGUGGAAUCUGAGUGUGACUCAGAACCAGUAAUGAAAAGGAAACCAAAAAAGAAGGUCAUGAGUGACUUUAUUAUGGAUUCUGCUGAAGACAAUUCAUCAAUAAAAAUGCAGAAGAAGUUACCUGUAGCAGCACCAGUUAUGCCGCCAAAACCACCCCAAAAAAUCUCUUCUAAAAAAAACCAAGACCAGUCAUCACUUCAGUCGUCCAGGUCUCGAUCACCUUCACCUUCUACUAGAGAUGAAAUGGAAACCAGACGUAGCAGGUCUAUUACACCAAGCAAGUCCUGGGCUAGUUCAAACAGUCGGGAGAGCUCGAUGAAUAGGUCGAUGUCACCAAGAAGUCCCAUUCGCUCAACACAAAGGUCCAGAAUUUCAACAUCCAGAAGUCCAAUUCGCUCAACACAAAGGUCCAGAAUUUCAACAUCCAGAAGUCCAAUUCGCUCAACACAAAGGUCCAGAAUUUCAACAUCCAGAAGUCCAAUUCGCUCAACCCAAAGGCCCAGAAUUUCAACAUCCAGAAGUCCAAUUCGCUCAACACAAAGGCCCAGAAUUUCAACAUCCAGAAGUCCAAUUCGCUCAACACAAAGGUCCAGAAUUUCAACAUCCAGAAGUCCAAUUCGCUCAACACAAAGGCCCAGAAUUUCAACAUCCAGAAGUCCAAUUCGCUCAACACAAAGGCCCAGAAUUUCAACACCCAGAAGUCCAAUUCGCUCAACACAAAGGCCAAGAAUUUCAACAUCCAGAAGUCCAAUUCGCUCAACACAAAGGUCACGAAUCUCAAGGUCCAGGAGUCCUGUUCACUCUUUGAACAGCUCAAGAUUUUCAAGAUCAAAAAGCAGAGACAGGCAUCACAAUAGGUCAAGGCACUCUAUGUCACAAAGCAGUGAAAGGUCAACCCUGAGAAGAGAAAGCCCAAAAAGACUUAACAAAGGAUCUGAACAUUCCAGGAGCUAUGAUAGGCCUUGUAGCAGGUUAAGUGUAGAGAGCACCCCAACACUUCCAUCUCUUUCUAAGCGAAAGCAGCAUCAGUCCUCAACAGACUCCUUUCCCAUGACCGAAGAAAGAUUUCAGAGAAGAGUCCUCUACCUUCUUGUUGAAAUAAGAGACCUUCUUAAGAGUCCAGCAACAACAGCUACAAAUACAGAAGACGUUGAUCUUGUUACCAUAGACUCAGAAGAAGGAUUUGAAGCCUUAGACAGAAGACUUGAAAACAGGGACUUUAAAGCCAGCUUUAAAUUCUUGCUUCAAAAGAUUGGAGGUACAGAUGGUACUGACCACAUGAAGAAAGCAAUGUUAAGAACUAUGACAAACUCGUACAUGGCUGGUCUAAACAUGAAGGGAAAACGGGGAAAGAAAGCUUUUGGUUCCUCCCAACUCUACCUCCUUAUAAAAGAAACUGUAUUGACAUCUCAUACACAGUAUACAGAAUCAAAAUUCAAUGAAGAUUUGGCUAAAUUCCUAAAAUAUGCCCCGGAGCGUGUGGGAGGAGGUGGAAGAAGGAGAAGAGAUUGACUGUUUUUCACGUUCACUUGACCAGAACUAAUGAUUUUACUCUUUUUCAUCUUCUUAAACUAAUGUUUUUGUGAAAAGCUGGCUACAGAUGUGAGCUAGGUUAUCCAUCAGUGAUUUUAAGUGAUACUUUCAAUUUAUUUAACUGUUUCUCUCUUGAAUAAAUUGAUUAAUGAUA